AUGGGUGAUAGUAUUGAAGAACUCGAGGAGCUUUUUGCGUCCGCUACCUCCCUUUUCCCUACAAACCAAAAGAAGUUAGACUGUGAACUUCCAGAGCGUUUUGAGAAGCUUACCCUUGCCUUGCAGAAUCAGAAGAAGCGCCAUGGAGUUCUGGAGACAGCCUUAGAUGUUGUUCAGGAAAGUCUGGAUAAAAUGCGUUUUGAGUACAAAAGUAUGCAAGGCGAAUGUGAAAGCUUGUCAAACCAAGUUAGCGAAGCCAGACAAAAACACCAAGAGUCUCAGGCAAAAUCUUCUCAAAAAGAUCUGGAACAAAGCAAGCGGCUGGAGCAAAUUAAAGCAGAAUCAGAGAUGUACGAAUUCUUGUUGCAAACUGGAAUCGAAGAACUAGAAAAUGGAAAGUAUCGAGGAGUAAUAUUUAAACCAAAAAGUCUUGCCUACUGCGACCUAGAUGAAUUUGAAAAGUUUCAAGAAAACAAGGAGAAUACGUGGGAUUCUCAACAGCAAUACUUAUGGCAUUGUCCUGGACGCGUGUCCGACCUUAGCAAAUCGGGUGAACGUUGUGUCUCGCUGGGUGUUCAUAACGCCAUCCCUUCGGGUGCACCGUGCUGCUGUUUGAUCGGUUCGUUGGUUCGUGGCUCCCUGGUUACGUCUGGCCCUAUUUUUGGGAUCGAGGGUCAUCGGGGGUAG